AUGCCCAGCAUUUCCAUAACCGAAGGAUAUACCUUCACAAAUUGGGGUCCGUUGACAACGACUUUCACGGCACCCGCCAGUUGCGCCACCGCGACGGGAAACUAUCAGAUUGGACUUAACACGACAUUCCCUGUGUUUGACUAUGAAGUCCAGUGCUCUACGGCAGGUUAUGGCGACUGUAUUCCAAGUGGGACAAUAUCCCCUACAACCACUGCAAAUGACGACCCGACGAUUAUUUACAGUCAGGCGUAUCUCUCACCUGGCCUGUACUGCCCUUCUGGAUGGGCUACAAAGGGGAUUGCAGUACGCGAUGCCGACAAGAGUCUUAGCUCAUCGGGUAUCCUAAGUCCUAGCACCACAGCCACGAUGCCUACCUUCGUGCCCCAGUGGCAGAACCCAGCUACGUUGUUGAUGGAUCUUUUGGACCCGAGCGAGACUCUCGUGAUGUGCUGUCCAGACUCGAUGACCGCGGAUCUCGCGUACGGAUGCUACUCUACCGUCUCUGGUUACAAAAUCACGGAGGGACACGUGCGUGUGCUCCCUGCGACGGACAUAGGCAUCUCAACCAAAACCAUCAUUGUUGGGGGGAGUACUUCCACGCAGCUCAACAAUAUUAUCACCGAUGUGCAGCCAAUCAGUGUCACGUCGCGGACUUUCAGUCCGUCGGAAGCCUCUCGGCUCGUCGCAGUUUCGAUAUUGCCUAUGUUAUCACUUGUGCAUCAUCAGUCCGACCUACCAACUGCUACAUCCAGCAAGACUGCAUCACCUACUAGCUCCGCCUCAAGAGUUGCUCCAAAUGCAAAUGCAUGGUUAGGUGGUUUCCUCGCUAUGUACUUGGUGGCUCUCAGUGCGAGUGUUAUUUUCCAGUAUUAG